AUGAUAACCUCCUCGAAAAGCUAUACAAAGACGAAAAUAGACAAUGUCAUGGCGCUGAUUAUAGCUGUUGGAGCGUCUGGUUUCGCCAUUUCCGGCUUUAACGUUAACCAUUUGGAUAUUGCGCCACGUUAUGCCUCCAUUUUGAUGGGAAUUACCAACUCCUGCGGAACGUUAAGUGGCAUCCUCGUUUCUAUUGUUUCCGGAGCGCUGACGAAAGAUACUCGCGUCGAAGACACUGCCGACGCCCGCGAAGCCUGGCGAGACGUCUUUGUCCUAGCAGCUUGUGUUCAUAUCUUCGGCGUUGUAUUUUAUGGAUUCUUUGCAUCUGCUGAGAAACAGUACUGGGCUGAGCCGCAUGAAGAUAUGAUCAGACUUUAUGAUGAAGAUACUGGCUUCGGAGGUGAAGAUAAUGAAGGAAUAGUUCGAAAUUAA